UGCCGCCAGUGAGCCAUGCAGGAAUGCCGAGAGCGCAGACGCAAAACGACGAUGAAGGGACGGAUUUUCCUGCUUAUGCAGCUGCUGCACUUGGCUGUCUCCUUCAAAACGGACUGUCCUCGGCCAUGCAUCCCGCUGGACACCUGCUCAGAGCUGGCAGCGCUAAUACGAACCGCUGACGUUAAAGUUGUUCAGGAAGCGACGUGUGCCUUCCAAGGUGUCAUGCCCCUGGUUUGCUGUCCUGAAUCCUCAACAACCACGCCCAGUCCCACGCCCACGCCCACCCCCAACCCCACCCCCAAGCCAUUCGUCUCCGGCCUGCUGCCUAAGGACUGCGGUCAAUUUGCCAAUUUACAGGGCAAUAGGGUCCAUGGAGGCAACAAGACUCGCCUCGGGGAAUACCCCUGGAUGGCUGCUCUCGGCUAUAACAACGCCCUGACCAACAAAGUCGACUUCCUGUGUGGCGGGUCUGUGAUCAACGAGCGUUACGUGCUCACGGCGGCUCACUGCGUGUCCCCCAAGCAGCCGGAUAUCAUCCGGCUGGGAGAGUGGGACCUGUCCACUGAUGAGGACUGCGAGAUCACCGACUCGGGUUUCGAGUUCUGUGCUCCUGAACCAGCGCAGGACUUUUUAUAUGAGGAGAUCCUGAGCCACCCAGACUAUAACUCUCGCGCUCAAGUGUCAGACGACAUUGCUCUCAUCAGACUCACCACGCCUAUCAACUUUAGGCGAAACAGGUGGAUCCAGCCAGUGUGUAUGCCAGAGCAGGAUUUCAACGUGCGGUCCGCCGCGGACCAAAGGAACGCAGUGGUGUCUGGCUGGGGCUUCACGGAGAAUGGAACUGUUAGCGAUGUGCUGCUGCAAGUGUACCUGCCUAUGGUGGACAACGACGUCUGCAAUACAACCUACAAGGGCAGAGUGUUGGAUGAACAGGUGUGCUUUGGAGGAGUGAAGGGUAAGGACUCGUGUGGCGGGGACUCUGGCGGCCCCUUGGUAAUCUCUGCCUCCCAAGCCCCGCCUUUCACGCAGAUCGGCAUCGUCUCCUACGGGCCGAGGGACUGCGGCAGGGAGGGGGUGCCCGGCGUGUACACCUCCGUGGCUAAGUACAGGAACUGGAUUGAGCAGACCCUGAGGGAAUAGUAGGGAAGAGAGGAAUACAUCGCAGGGUUAGGAGACGCAUGUGACCUUUGGUUUGUGUUUAUGUAGGUUGUUAUUUUUCACAAUAACCAUAAUGUCACUAUUAUCGCUAUUAUUAUUACUAUUAUUAUUAUUAUUAUUAUUAUUAUUAUUAUUAUUAUUAUUAUUAUUAUUAUUAUUAUUAUUAUUAUUAUUAUUAUUAUUAUUAUUAUUAUUAUUAUUAUUAUUAUUAUUGGCAUCAUCAUCAUUAUUUGCGACAUCUUCCAGUCUACGUACAUAUUCCUUUGAUCUCGUGUCAGUACUAUAAUUAAGUUAAGUAUGGAUCACAGUGCCGUACUGUGCUAUAGAGUGACAUUCUGUGGCCCUGUAACAAGAAAACUGUGCGUAACAACAAGUUAGUUGACAAGAAUUAGGUGUACUGAAGGAUGUGGCCUAGAGUCGGUCUAGAGUGGACACAGUGUGAAGUCAAGUGGAAAUGCGAGUUUGCACGUCACCUAAUACUUUGGGUAUGGUGAGGCAGUACAGUAUAUCUUGAAACAGUGAAUAACGUGCUUUUGAGAGAUUUAGAUGCUGUACAGCUGUGGCGAAGAGAGAAACGAUUCCAAGGCUGUGUUAUAUCCAUUGAGACCCUGAGUGGUGAUGUGGUGGUCUGUGCUAGUCACCCGUGAAGACCUUCAUCUUGCCCCCCUCCCCCCAACACACACGGGCCUCCUCCCAUCUCAGCCAGGCGUUCGCACUAUCCAGUGGUUCCCAAACUUUUUUUGUCAUUUCCCCCUGUACCCAGUUCAACCAUCCAGAUUUCCCCCUUCAUGUGUACGAGAGAAAGAGCACUAUUUACUAAUUUAAUUUUCAAAUGUACAAAUAUACUGAUAAACUUAUGGUUACAGAGUAAAGUGGAUAGAGAGCAGUUAGUAACAAAGCAUACCCAUAGAGUCAUAUAAAAGGACUUUUGAUUUGACUUUGAGAUUUUUUAGUUAGUAGGUAGUGUAAUUAUUUCCUCCCUGGUAGCUUCAAUUUUCCCCCCCAGGGGGAAAUUUCCCCCAGUUUGGGAACCACUGCACUAUACCCUUCACCACUGACUCACGUUCCAUUGAAUCACGAAACAAGUGACCAACAGGCUGUAUUAAUUUUAGUCUCCCACUGUGAUAACAUUGCUCAUUAGUCAUUCAUGUUCGCCUGUCUGUCUGUCCGUCCGCAACAUAUCAAAGUUAUCGACAGAUUUAUAGGAAAGAAAAGUUACGUCAUGGGUCUUGAGCUAGGAAGCAAUAUAUUUACAGGCGGAUCCGGAUGUUAAAACCAGUUCUUUUCUUGUUCCUCUUCUCUCUCUCUCUCUCUCUCUCUCUCUCUCUCUCUCUCUCUCUCUCUCUCUCUUUCCAAAGCUUCCUCAGAUUUUCAAGGCCCACUGCGGGCGUGCCAUAUUUCAUAGCAGCAGAGUGAGAAAGCUUGCCACAUUUUUGUAUGGCUCUGGGUGAGAUAAACGCUACUUACUCCUUUCUACUACGUAUCCCUUCAGUUGUGGCGGAAUAUCCUUAAUUUCAUUUUUCACUAGCCAUGAAUAGACAUUUCGUGUUGAGUAUAAAUAAGAAAUAUGAUAAUGUCUGUAUUACUAUGUCAAGUUAUAAAUGUUUAAUAGGGAAAAAAAUAAGAUAUGAUACUGAAAUAUCUUGUGUGGAAACUCAUUUAUUUUCUUGCUUACCUGGCCAACAACUUACACGUGAAGUAAUCCUUGAGAGGAGUGCCUACUGAAACUGGUGAAUAUUUUUUGACAUCUCUGAAAACAUCUAAGUAGGCUAUUGAACAACCUUGUGUACUGGAAUGAGUGAAGGGAGAAAUGAGAAUGAUGAACACACACACACACACACACACUCUCUCUCUCUCUCUCUCUCUCUCUCUCUCUCUCUCUCUAAGACAAAAUCUAAUGAACCUCUUUACUCUUGCCCACGUCACUCCCAGGAAGCGCACACAAGAAAAGUUUCCAAUUACAAUAUAUGUUUUGUAUCUGGGUUGUGGGGAAUAUAUAAAACUAUGUCGAAAGUGGGAAAUCAAAAUAAGGGAAAUCCUGAUGAUAACUGGUAGUCUGGUCUGACCUAAGUCCCAAUCACAGUGUCGCAGUCUGGCAGUUGCGUUACUUCGAAAGUUUAAGGUGUGCAUAGUCUCUCUCUCUCUCUCUCUCUCUCUUACGAUAGCAUCAGCGGCAACUCGCACCACUAUAAUUCAUUCAGGUGAAAUCUCUUUCAAUAGUUCAGCGGCGCAAAACGAAGAUGAAAGAAGGUAUUUUCCUACUUCUGUGGCUUCUGCCCUUGGCUGUCUGUACCAGUCAGUUGAGCCCCGAGCCAACCUCCUCCAGCCCGCUGCCCGAGUAUUGUGGUGGUUCCGUAUUAGAUACUUACGAUGUGGUGUCUGGCAAUGAUACAUAUGUCUGGGAUUACCGGUGGAUGGUUGCGCUUGGCUAUAAGAGCUCCCGGACCAACAAGACCAGCUGUAGUGGGUCUAUGAUCAGCGAGCGCUACCUGCUCACCGUAGCUAAUUGCGUCACCCCAGAGAAGCCAUGAGUACAUGGACCAGUUUUCUUUGUCAGAUAGAAUUACUCGAUCUCCAGCAGGAAACUAACAGCAACAAAACUCAUCACAGAACAUAACGCCGUGAUUCCUUUUUCUUUGCCUCUCACAUGCAACUGUUAAGUGUAGAUUAGUAUGCAGUUACUCAGGACACGCAGAAAUGCAAGCAGAAUUUUUUUUCUUCGACGCCUUUUCCUGCUUAAAUCUGCAUUACUUUCAUAUAAGGACAAUAAUUUUUUACUCGAGUUCUCAACUACUAUACGUAUAUCGUCAUUAUUUUCGCUUUGUUUAGAUAAAGAUACAUAUCAACUACAUUUUUUUAUACAAGCAGUAACAGUUUUUGUAUUGAUAUGUAUUUAUAGUUUUCCAAGAAAGAACGCAGAGUAUUUAUGGUAAUUAAGUUAUUUUUUCAGAGAAAUUCGCUCUGUGGCGCUGAGACACGUGUUGCCAUCUGGCGACAGAGGCAGUUUCACAAGUCACCUAUUAUGAUAACUUAACUGGUUAUUGCUCGCUCUCUCUCUCUCUCUCUCUCUCUCUCUCUUCAGUGAUGUCAUCCGGCUUGGAGAAUGGGAUCUGGCCACUGAUAUAGACUGCACAAACACUUCCUGUGGUUUCCUGCGCUGUUCGCCACAACCAGCUCUGGACGUGGAAUACGAGAUAGUGGUUCACCCUACAUACCAGAAGCGUGGCUCUCAUCAGACUCGCUGAGCCUAUAGACUUUAAGAAAAAACUUGAUGAUCCAACCGGUAUGUUUGCCGGAAAGAGGUUUUGAAGUGCGGCCCGGCGCAACAGCAACGGUGACUGGCUGGGAAUUUGCAAACAGAUUUAGUAACGUUCUAUUGAAGGAAAAACUUGUCAAUGUGGAUGCGGAUCGUUGCCCCAUGAGUAUAGGAGGAAUAAUAGUAGAGGGACAGGUAAUUAAGUCUCUCUCUCUCUCUCUCUCUCUCUCUCUCUCUGUUGUAUUUGAGGAUGAGAUUGUUACAGGACAUGAUUUUACGUAUUCUAUGUAUUUUAUUUGAGAACAUAGUUACUGAUGUUCUGCAAUAAUAUGUUUUUCCUCCUGUUUGUGAAUACAAGGUUCUUGUGAGAUGCAACAUGCACUGCUACACGCAACCCUUGUUGCUGCAGAUUUGUUUCAGAAGGUUGGAAGGUGGCUUGUGUGAGGGUGACUCUGGUAGCCCUGUGGUGAUGCCCUCUGGCUCGAAGUUCGUACAGGUUGGCAUGUAUUCUCACGUGCAGCAUCCUCUUUGUCCAAAAACACGUGCCCAUCGUGUUCACCUCCGUGGUCAAGUACAGGGACUGGAUUGAGCAGGCCCUCAGACAACAUUAAUGGAAAAAAAGAUAGGUGAACAAAUACCAUUUUACCUUUUUAAGAAAUGCAUUUUGAUUUUUAAAAUUUUUUCAACCUAUAUGAAAUUUUGAAGGAAACUCGCUAUAUACAUGUUUUCAUUUUUUUUUAUAUACAUGCAAAGUGGAAUGUAUAAAUAAAGAAAAAAUAGUGAAAGAGGUUAAGCUAAUCUUUAUUAGUAUUUAAUCAAAUAUAGGUAUAGGUACAAAUAAGUUGUAUAAGUAAGUAAUCGUAACUGGCCUUUCAUGUAAGAAUAACCUGUUUCUGUUAAGGCCACAAGAUUUUGAAAAAUAGGGCAUCCCACAAAAGUGAAAAUAAAGUUCUAUACAAUAAAUUCUUUUAACACUUCAAACAAUUGUUGAAUCUUUGUGGUCUUCCUUGCAGCUUAACCUUGAUAAUCCUUUAUUACCAUCUACCUCUCAGCAGUGUUGUGUCACUGAUGAGAGGUGACUUAGUCUAUUUAGUCAUAUAAUUUGAUAUUCAAAGUAAUACAUUAAUUACAAAUUCUAAACUAGGCAUUAUUUUCUUAUUAAUUUUUUCUUACCAUACAUUCACGAUAUUCUAAUCAUACAUAAAUUGAUGGAUAAAUUUGCCAGAGAUUCAAACAUCUCCAUAUUGAAAAGGAACCACAUGAAUGAAGACUCAAUAGUUCUGCUACAUUUGCCAUUGCAAGGUUUGCUUCUAGUUUUCAUUACAGGAUUUUUAUUUUGUUCUUGUAUUAUCUGUUUAAGAAAAAUCAGCUUUAUUAUAGCAUUAUAUUAGUGAUACAUGAAGAUAAUUUCAACACUUGCACAGUAAAGCAAGUUCCAAAGGCAGUUGAGAUCACCUAGGCAGGCAGUCCUCACUCACAGCCUAAGAGGUCCACAGCCUCCUUCACAUCUUGGGUCUGGCUCUGAUAUACCAAGGUGCUCCCAAGUUGUAUUUCUCUUGGUCAAUACAAGAAACUAUGACGGGAGAUCAAAAAGUAAUGACCAUGAGACCAUAUAUUUUGAUAGCACAGUGGCCUACAUUCCUUCAAAGUACUCUCCUCCUACCUCUAUGCAGCAUUCCAUCCUCCUUUGCCACUACAUGAAGCAGUCAUGGUAUUCAGCCUUCUUUAAAAAAAAUCAGAGGUCAAAGCUUUUCAUCCCUCAACCACACCAAACUGAACUGUUUGUCUCUGGUGAUGAAAAAAGAAAUCCAACUCAUUGCCAGUAGCAAUAUCUGAGCAUUUUUUUGGACCAUUUGGCUCAAAUUCAGCCACCUAAAAAUGACAAAACCACACCUGUUUGCUCUUCUCUUAUGUUAGCAAAUGGGGUAACCAUUAAGCACACUUCUUCCUCAGUCCUAAAUGUUCAAGCACAAUGUCAUCUGCACUCUUAUAACUGACACCAAGCUCAAAGGAUAAGAAUCGAGGAUCUUCGUCACUGAUGGCCCGAGCAAAGAUCAUUGUUGCUUCUGUCACAAAUAUCCAAUGGCAUCUAGAGUGAUGGUCAUCUUCCAACUGAAUUUUUCCAGUUGUGAAACCUCAAAUCUAGUGGGGAAACUAUUUCCAGUGAUGGAGUAGACUUGGGAGUAACUUGCAAUAAUUCCCUUCUGAUCUCUGUUGCUUUUUUUGCCAAUUUUCCAGCUAAUACAAGUAGAACCUUCUUUCGAGAAAUCUGUGUUUCUGGUGAGGGAAUGAAACCAACACUGACACAAUCACACAGUGCAAUGAGAAAAUGAAACCCAGCCAAGUAGCUAUAAAUUCAAAUGAUUCAUAAUAGGCAACACUUGAUGCCCCUCACUUCCCUCUCUCUCAAGUCUCAUGCUCUCUCUGCAACAAGUCCAACUGUCAUUACUUUCUGAUCACCUCUCUUACAAAGAUGGUUCCAUAUUUUGUUUUUCUGCUGUGCAUUACAAAUCAACUAGUACCUACAGAAAUUUCUUUUACUAUUUAACAUCGAAAGUCGAGCACAUCCUGGCACACUUCCCAAUCACGAAGAUCUCUAUUCCUGGAGACUUUAGUGUUCACCACCUUUGGAUUUCUUCUCCCUUCCCUGGCCAACUUGGCGAAUUGGUCUUUAACUUCCUCAUCCUUCAAGACAGACCAAUUAUUGCAGCAUCCAACCCAUAUUCUUGACUGUCUGGUGAUGAUGAAAUGAAGCACCCUGAGAUGGUUUGGUCACUUGGAAAGAAUGGUUGAAAAUGAGAUGAGAAAGGUACAAGAGUAAGAUGAAUUUUAGUGAGGGGUAUGAGAACAGCCUCUUAUAAAAUGAUAGAAUACAGUAUACAAGAGAGAGAGAGAGAGAGAGAGAGAGAGAGAGAGAGAGAGAGAGAGAGAGAGAGAGAGAGAGAGAGAGAGAGAGAGAGA